UUUUUGACAAUUUUCAACUACUUCUACGUACCAUAACAUUUCUACUCUACGAAUCGGUUUCUCUGCUCAACUACUGUCAAUCGUGUCACUUGGAUAAAUUGUCUCUGCUCGCCGCUCAUUUUAUCCGGGCCUCCUUGGGCCUUUUCUCCGCAACACCCUGAACGAUUGGUCCGGACUCGAAAUAAUAUUUCGCAAUGGAUGGAAUACAGCUCCGCGAUGAGACAGUUCGCGAUCGGAUUCGAGCUGCGGAAGAGUUUCUCGACCCUAAUGAUCCCCGCGCGCGAAGCUACCGGGCCGAUAUCAUUCUCAUGCUAAAUCGUGGUCUCAGACGACUUCCUGUCAGCCUCGACGACAUAAGAAACCACAGUCGAGAGAUGGCGGAAGGUCUCCUCAAUAGCCCUUUCGACUUCACGGGAGCAUUCGAUCAAGCGCUCAGAAAUAUCGUCACCACAAUACCUAACCGCCCAGCGAAGGAAACAGCAGAUGAUGUCGUUUAUUACUGCGCUUAUACUGGAAGCUUUGGAGAUUUCGCUUGCAACCCCCGUACGCUAAGUUCUAUGCAUUUGAACCGUAUGGUGUCUCUAGAGGGUAUUGUUACAAGAUGCUCGCUGGUUAGACCUAAAGUCAUGAAGAGUGUGCAUUACAAUGAAGAGAAAAACACCUUCCAUUUCCGAGAAUAUAGAGACCAGACUAUGACGGCAAGUGGAGUCACUAGCACUGGUAUUUAUCCUCAGCAGGAUGACGAGGGUAAUUUGCUCGAAACCGAGUACGGCUAUAGCAACUACCGCGACCAUCAGACCAUUUCCGUCCAGGAAAUGCCAGAACGUGCUCCAGCCGGGCAGCUGCCUCGAGGAGUGGAUGUGAUUAUGGACGAUGAUCUCGUAGACCGAGUGAAGCCGGGAGAUCGUAUUCAGCUCGUCGGCAUCUAUCGGUCUCUGGGCAAUCGAAACGCCAACACCAGCAGCGGCACCUUCCGCACACUCCUCGUUGCGAAUAACGUGGUUAUGCUCUCCUCCAAGUCUGGCGGUGGCCUUGCGGAGGCCACGCUCACUGAUACCGACAUUCGGAAUAUCAACAAGAUCGCCAAGAAAAAGAAUGUGUUCGACCUCCUGUCUCAAUCGUUGGCGCCCAGUAUCUAUGGGCAUGACCAUGUGAAGAAGGCAAUCUUGCUGAUGCUCUUGGGCGGUAUGGAGAAGAACCUCGACAAUGGAACCCACUUGAGAGGUGACAUCAACAUUCUCAUGGUCGGUGACCCUUCAACCGCCAAAUCUCAACUUCUGCGAUUCGUCCUAAAUACUGCGCCAUUGGCUAUUGCGACGACUGGUCGCGGAUCUUCCGGUGUUGGUUUGACAGCGGCUGUCACUUCAGACAAGGAGACUGGCGAGCGUCGAUUGGAAGCUGGUGCCAUGGUUCUUGGUGACCGUGGUGUUGUCUGUAUUGAUGAAUUUGACAAGAUGAGUGAGAUUGACAGAGUGGCCAUCCACGAAGUCAUGGAACAGCAAACGGUCACCAUCGCCAAGGCGGGAAUUCACACAUCAUUGAACGCCCGAUGUAGUGUGAUUGCGGCUGCCAACCCAAUCUACGGUCAAUACGAUCCUCACAAGGAGCCGCAAAAGAACAUUGCACUUCCCGACUCUCUUCUGUCACGUUUCGAUCUGUUGUUCGUCGUGACAGAUGAUGUAGACGACUUUCGGGACCGUCAAAUCUCUGAACACGUCCUUCGCAUGCACCGAUACCGCCAACCGGGGACCGAGGAAGGUGCUCCCAUUCGUGAGCAACAGAACCAAUCCCUUGGUGUUGGUGUAGAGCAAGAGCAAGACGCAAAUCGGCCUACCGAGGUCUACGAGAAGUUCAACAUUAUGCUUCAUGCUGGUGUGACUGUUACCACUGGACGGGGGUCUGGCCGAAGGGUUGAAGUGCUCAGCAUCCCCUUUAUCAAGAAGUAUAUCCAAUAUGCCAAAGUCAGGGUCAAGCCGGUCUUAACAAAGGGUGCGGCCGAUCACAUUGUAUCCACAUACUCUGCUCUCCGCAAUGACGAAUUAGAGAGUAAUCAAAGGAGGACCUCACCCAUGACAGCUCGUACCCUCGAAACCCUGAUUCGUCUUGCUACCGCUCACGCCAAGGCUCGGCUUUCGAAUCGUGUUGAAGAGCGCGACGCACUCGCUGCCGAAUCGAUACUUCGAUUUGCACUCUUCAAGGAGGUCGUGGAGGUCGAGCGCCGGAAGCGUAGAAAGGUCAACCGAGGCGCAGAGGAAGAGGAGGAAUCGAGUGAAGAGGAAGAUGAGGAUUCUGAAGAAGAAGAAAAUGCACCUACAUCUGGUCGCACUGGCACCACACCGCGAACGCCCCGCCGUGGUGGGCCACGGACCAGAAGAAGCGGACCGGCUGGGGACGAUAGUGAGGACGGAGACGAUAAUGACGGAGAUGGCAGUGGGCUUUACGGAGUCAGCCCCCGCACCCAGCGCACUCAGGCUACCCGGACAACCACCCGCUCUUCUGCUGCCGCUGCCGCUGCCUCCUCCUCCAGCGCCGCACCACGAGGAAGCCAGUCUGAGUCGCAGUUCUCAAUGGCCAGUUCGCAGCCAGCGUCGCAGUUGUUGCCCACGCAAACGGACGAGGAUUCUCAGCAAAAUGCUGCAGCUGCAGCUGCUUCUUCUUCCUCGGCCGCUGCACCAGCUCCACCUUCGGCUGCCCGUGUGCAAGCUUUAUCUGCCGCACUUGGUCGAUUGAUUAAUGGGCCACUGUUCAGAGACGAUGCCGCUGAUGUUGCGCCUCUCGUGGAUGCUGUCAAUGCACGCCUCGGCCGCGGUCAGGAGCCGUUUGAGCUUGACGAAGCUGAGGCCGUGCUGGAAAUCAUGAAUGACCAGAAUAAGAUUAUGUACUCUGGCGGCGUUGUCUACAAGAUAUGAUUUCGUCAUUUGAAGGAACAGAGUCCAGUGAAGACUUUGUUGGGUUCUUCGGGUAAUGGUGUACUGGCGCUCACUUGAGAUUGCAUGGAGUUAUGGUUGAGUCUAUCGUCCAGUUCAAUUGACUGUGGUGGAUGUUCUACUUUUCUCAUUUCGUCAUAUUCCCUUGAAAUUUAUAUUUCACAUGCUCAUCUGCGUCUCGUAUAUUACAUUGGGCAUGGAUAUGGUACUUUUCUUUCUCUGGGUAUUGCAGGGGGGUUAAUGGAGG